UUCUUAUCAUUUCCAUCUUUAUAUUCCGUUGUCCUUCAGAUACCCUUAAAGAAACGUUUUCCAUCAUCUGUCAGGGAAACAUUUGAAGUCCCUUGCAGUUUAAGGGAACUGGUCUCACCACGGCAAGAAUGUUAAAACUUGCUUUAUAUCUCUCUCUUUUUAUGUGUUUGAUUUUAUCAUCCUAUGCACAAACUUGUGCCAAGUAUGCCUUCUCUAGCAACCGCGUCUUUAAGUCAUGCUCUGAUCUUCCUGUCUUGAACUCCUUUCUUCAUUAUAACCAUGACUCGUCAGGGAAGCUCGAGAUUGCCUAUAGGCACACUGGGAUCACUUCCUCCAGAUGGGUUGCAUGGGCCAUAAAUCCAACCUCAACAGGCAUGGUUGGAUCACAGGCACUUGUUGCCUACCAACAGACUGAUGGAAGCAUGAAAGUCUACACAUCACCCAUCACUCAAUACCAAACCCAGCUGAGAGAGGGUAGCCUUAGUUUUGAUGUCUCGGACUUAUCUGCAACGUAUGCAAACAAUGAGAUUAUCAUAUUUGCUACCUUGGGACUCUCCAAUAAUGGCACUACUCUAAACCAAGUUUGGCAAGAAGGUGCCCUCUCUGGGAACAACCCACAGACGCAUCCAACUUCUGGUGCUAACAUUCAGUCCGUGGGGACCUUGAAUCUGCUUUCUGGUGAGGCUGGAACAACUGGAGGAGGAAGCUCAAGACUUAGAAAGCGAAACAUUCAUGGGGUGCUAAACACAGUCAGUUGGGGGAUCUUGAUGCCUAUUGGUGUUAUAAUAGCGAGGUACUUGAAGGUAUUAAAAUCUGCUGAUCCUGCAUGGUUUUAUCUGCAUGCUUCUUGUCAAUUCUCAGCCUACGUUGUUGGCGUUGCCGGAUGGGGUACGGGUCUCAAACUCGGCAGCGAAUCUCCUGGUGUUCAAUAUGAUGCUCACAGAACCAUUGGGAUCAUCCUUUUCUGUCUUGCAACACUUCAGGUAUUUGCUUUGCUGCUAAGGCCAAAACCAGAUCAUAAAUACAGAUUCUACUGGAAUAUCUAUCAUCAUUUGGUGGGAUACACUGUCAUAAUCCUUGGUGUCAUCAACAUAUUCAAAGGAUUCGACAUCCUGAAACCCGAAAAGAAGUGGAAGAAUGCUUACAUUGGUGUCAUUGUUGCUUUGGCCGUCAAUGCUGUCAUGUUGGAAGCCUACACAUGGUUUGUUGUAAUAAGGAGGAAAAGGUCAGAAAAUGCAGGAAAGAUACCGUAUGGCGUCAAUGGUGCAAAUGGAAGUGGGUUUAACGGCCAUGGUGCUAGGCCACAGCAGGCUUAGAAACUUUGCUCCAUGUAUCCUCUGGCCUUUUUGGGUUUACUCUUUUACUUUUCUUUUUUUUUUUUAGUUUAUUUCUUACUCAGACAGGCAUACGUUGGACCCUCGGUUAUAUUUAUGUAUGCCAUUUUCUGAGGGAAUUCAGGAUUAGAAGUUAUUCUUUCAUACUUCAUAGUCCCUACAUGC